AAGAAUUCCGCUGGCACUUCCUGUUGGAGUCGUGCCGCCCAGCCUCCUGGAGCAAGGAAACGAGGCGGUCCAAGGUGUUAUGUUCGGCCCCUCUACCACUCUGUCGGUGCCGGCUUUGGUGGAGGAGGAAGACGGGGGGGAGACCCCGGCCGCUUCUCCGUUGGACGUGCUUGUGGUGGACUUCGAGGAGAGUGCGGGUCAAUACCUGGAGCCCUACGAUCCUUUGGUGCUGCCCGACCCAGUGCCCUUCUCUGCCGAGGCCCCGAGCGCCUUUCCGGAUGGAGCCAGGCUCGUAGCACUUUGCCGCGCCUGGGUGCGCACCGUGGAGGCCGAACGAACGGCCUUCUACUCUGCGUUCGAGGCGGAGCAGGGGGAAGGCUGCCCAGCGCUUUCGGAGAAACAGGAGGCCCUGGAGCAAAAGGUGUCCCAGGGUGCGGCCGCCCCGGCUCUGCUGCCUGCACACCGCCAGCCUUUCCCCUUUGCCGACAGGGGCAGGCGCUACAAGCAAGGCCGGGCCCGUGUCACAGCUUGCUGUUGCCCUGAACCGCCCCCGCGUACGAGACCGGAACCCGCCAUGGCGCCCCAGGCCCCGACAGACAUCGCGACCGGAGGGGGGCUCUCUUCCCGGGCAAGCGCAAAGAGAGAGAAGCUGCAGGCCGAGCUGGCGAUGCAAGCGGGCAACUUUAUGCUGGCCGUGGCUCAGAGCGGGCACCGCCGCAUGUAUCCUACGGAGGCUGUUCCCCGAAACCUCGAGGAACUCAGGAGAGAACCGAGGAGGUUUACCUUCUCCCAGUACCUGGAGAGGCACGGGGGAUACCAACACCAGAAGGACCUCGGCCUCAUCAUGUACAUGGUGUGCCAGGUCUCCGACAUGCUUUUGGCGGGCUCGGAGGAAGGGGCCCUGGAUCUCCUUUCACUACUUAUGGUGUGCCUGGAACAGGCCUCGUUGGACCACGGGCGGUUCGAGGUGGCCUACACUCUGAGUCUUUUCGCCGAGCCCCCGAGCCAGGUGUUUUCAAACAGGGGAGCUCCCCAGAACCCCCGGCUUCGAGCUUUUGCCCCGCUGUGCCCGCCAACGUGGGCGACCACCGCCUUUGCGUUCCUGAAGGAGACCGACUCCAUUUUGGCCAGGAGGACCGAGGCCUCCGGUGGGGCCACCAGCUCAGGUCAGACAGCCCAGGACGAGCAAACCGCUGCUGCGAAGAAGGCCCCGAGGUGGUCCCUCAGCCUCUUUUACAGGAUCGUUCGGACCAAGACGCCCUUCGGGGUCUUCCUUGGCUCCCUUUUGCACCUUUCUCCGGCUCCCUUUGAGGCGCCUUCCAAGUCCUUGUUCCCGUUGCCCCUGCCUUUCUUUGGCAUCUUCCGGGCGCUCCCCCCGCACAUGGGCUCAGCCGCUCGCUCUCGCAUUGGUGUCCGGAGAGCUGUCUUUGUGACCGUUGCGGCCCUCAACUACCUGAACAAUGGGCUUCGGCCUGUUGCCCACGGCCCCCUGCGGAGGCCUCCCAGUGAACUUCAAGCAAAGGCCUUGGGUUACAUUGAGAGGCUUGUCAAGGCUUGCGGUGCGGUUGAGGCAGUGGAUCUUGUCUCGGCCUCGCGCCGUUCCUCUAAAUUAGCUGCAUGCCUGGAGCAGGGCCUCCUUUUGGACCAGCAGGUUGCUUUUGACGCCCUUCACCCCUACCGGAGCCUCGACCCCUCCCGCCUGAAACUCGCCGGAAGGGCAAACUGGGACCCCUCGGAUUUCCUCGAUGAUCUCUUCUUCCUGCCAUAUCGGGAGCCCCAGGCCCUUCAUUUGCACUCGGUUGGGCCUCCAGCCGCCUUCGAGGUCCCUGACCUCUCCCGCGAGGUCCCCUCCCGUGUGCUAGCCUUGGCAAAGCUCUGGGACAGCCAAGGGCUUCUUCGGUUGAGUGCGAGUGGGCCCGAGUCCCCUGACCAGGCCGUUCGUGUCUUCAACGCUGUCAAAAACCUCACCACAGACCGACAAAUAGGGGACAGGAGAGGGAGGAACAGGUAUGAGGGAGUCUUGCGUGGAGGCUCGUCCCAGCUCCCCUGCGGCCCUGCUCUCUGCGACCUCCUCCUGAAUCCCAGAACCCACUCCUUCAGGAUAUCGGUCUGUGACAGAAAAGAUUUCUACCACCAGUUGUUGGUGCCACCGCGCCGGUGUCUUCGGAACUUGUUGUGCCCUGCGUUGAGGCUGGAGGACCUCACUAAGCUCGACGCCUUUCGUUUGCACCCCUGCCUCGCCGACACGCCCGAUGCUCUCGCUCCUGGGGGGGCUUGGCCUGAGAAGGUGUACCCGUGUUUCAGUGCCAUCCUCCAGGGGGAUGCCCUGGGAGUGGAAUUUGCUUGCUCUUGCCACUCAAACCUGUUGUCGUCCUUUGGGCUUUUGGGCGGGUCCUCCAGGCUGCUCGGAGGCAGGCCUUUUCCGAGCGGCGCCGAGCAGGACCUCAUCGAAGGAUUGGUGAUCGAUGAUUGGUUUUCGGUUGCUUGCCAGCCUCUUGGCGAGGUCGGCCCGUCCUCUUCUGGCAUUGCUUUUGCCCGGGCUCAAUAUGCCUACAUUUUUGGGUCGUCUGAUAAAGACGUUUAUGAGCCCCCCUCCGCUAGCAUAGCAGGUGCUGAAGUCGAUUCGUCCCAGGCCACUCGUGAGCUUGGUUUGGCUCUUGUUGGCCCGGCGAAGGAAAAGCGCAUUGCGUUGGCCGCUCUGACGCUUGAGGCGGCCCGGCUGCCGCGCACCUCUGACAGCCUGCACCUUUCCCUUACAGGGGCCUGGGUCUCGGCGUGCCUCUUCCGCCGGCCCUUCAUGAGUGUGCUCGACCGGGUUUUCCGGCUGGUCCCCGUUGACAACGUCAGACCCGAUAGGCCGAAAGCCUUCGACCUCCCGAGGCGCACCGCCAACGAGCUCGUCGUCCUCUCGGCUCUCUCCUUCCUGCUCACUUGCGACGUGUCGGCCCCCUGGUCCCACACAGUGUUUGCGACCGACUCCUCCACCACCAAGGGGGCUAUUGUUGAGGCUGAGGUGGGCCCCGAGGUCACUUCGCUCCUUUGGCGUUCGGACCCUCGUGCUGCCUCGUCGGGCCGUCUUCUUUCCAAGGACGAGGCCGUUUUGCACCAGAUCGACCUCGACCGAGAGCCUGCCGCUGACUGCCUCGAGCCUGGCCCGCGUCGCCCGCCCGCUUGCCGCUUUCACUUUCUUGAGGUUUGGGGCUCUGCGGGCGCGUUGUCCGAGCCUCUUGUCGCCUUGGGAUGGACUGCUGGGCCUCGCCUUGACCCGAGCAUUUCUUGCGAGUACGACCCCUCGUCUUCCAGGGUCUUCGAGUGGAUUUGCUUCCUCGUUGAGAAGGGCCGCGUCGAUGCCAUUGGCAUCUCGCUGCCGCUUGCCACCUUCUCUUGGGCCGUGCGCCCUCCAGUGCGGUCGGUCGCUCGCCCUUUCGGCUGGGCCCCCUUGGAUGAGAAAGUAAGGCGUGCGAACCGUUGCGCGCACCUCGCCCUUGCUGUGCUGCGCGUGUGUCGGCUUCACGGCCUCCCUGCCGUUUUGUUGCACCCUGUGGCGUCCUUCGCCACCUCGCUGCCUGCUUGGGUUGCGUGCGCAAAGGCUUCUGGUGUUGAGCGGCUUCCGUUCGGCUGGAAGGCGCCCCCGCUUCAUCUCUUGACUGUCGGGCUUCCCGCCAUCUCUGAGGUGCUGCUUUCCUGGCGGUUUGACUCGCUGCGUCCGGCCGGCUCCGCCGAUGCUCGUGGCACCGCUGUCCUCCAGGCCGCUGCUCUGCUUGACUUGGGGCUCGCGAGGCGCUCGGCUUCCCUCGCUGCCUGUGCACUUGAUGCAGCAGGCCUCGAAAGUGUGCUUGUCAACGACCUCGCUCUUUCCGCGCCCUGGUCCGUUACUAAGGUCUGGUCUUGGCCGUGCCCCGUUCACAUAAACAUCCUUGAGUCUUCCUGCGUGUGCCGACUCCUUGGGAUUGUGGCAAAGAGGGGCUUCCCGGUUCGGUUUGCCUCCCUCUGCGACUCUAAUGUCUCCCGGUGUGCCAUCACUCGGGGCCGCAGCCCCUCCCGGGGCCUUUCUAAGGUCAUGCGCAGGAUCGCCGCCGCCUGCCUCGCCUACGGGCUCUACCCUGUUGUCCCCUUCUGCCCGACUCGCCUCAUGCCGGCGGAUGCUCCUUCCAGGAAUGCGCCCCUCGAGCCUCCCGUUGCCAGUGUCCUGUCCCACAUUUGCGAUGUGCGUGAGCGCACCUGCCUUUCUGGACUACCCACGGUGCGCAGGUGGGCUGCCAACUGGUUGCGCCUGUUCUUUGGACUCUGCCGCUUCCACCUCCCUGCGGGCGAGCUCUACCGAGGCCGUGGCAGUGCCUUCCGGACCUUUGUCCCUUCGCCCCUGCGUUUCGACAGCACCCUUGGCUUCCCAGGUGAGGGCCCUCUCCAGGCUUUCCUCUGGCCCUUGCUCGCUGCCCUUGCCUCGCCUUCCUGGUGCCUUCCGGUGUGUGCUGCCUGGGCAAGCCUCUUAGUCUUCAGGGUUGGUGCCGUAGGUCCGGUAGCUUCGAGCCAUGGCCUGCUUUGUCCGAGGAACCCAGGUGACCUUUUGAGGAAGAACCGUCGCGACCCCGGGGGUCUCCCUGAAGGCCGCGUCGUUGAAGCUACCACUCAGCGCAAUAGGGAUGCUCUUUGGGGAGCUUUCCUCCUGUGGCUCGACAAGGCAGGGAUCGACAGGGCCCUCUUCACUUCUGUUGAGGGCAUCGCCGACAUCGACUCGAUCAACUGCGUUUUUGGGCGCUACGGCAGGGACUUGUACGCAGCAGGCCGCCCCUUUGCCCACUACAGUGAGACCCUGAACGCUUUUUCUGCGAAGGUGCCAAAAUACAGGCGCCUUCUGCAGCCAGCCUGGGAUAUUGCCUUCUCUUGGAAACGUGAGGAGCCGGGGAGGCAUCACACUGCCCUCCCCUGGCAGGUGCUCCUCUCCCUUGUGAGUGCAGCUUUUACCUGGGGGUGGCCGCGAGUCGCAGGGGCCCUCGCUCUCGCAUGGGGCGGGCUUCUUCGGAUUGGUGAGGUCCUGCAGGCCUGCCGGCAGGAUCUCACCCUUCCUUCGGACGUCAGGCAUACAGUCGACUAUGCCUACCUCACUAUACGUGACCCGAAGACCAGAUACCACGCAGCCCGCCAUCAGGCGGUGCGGGUCGACCAGCCCGACAUCCUUGAGAUAAUCUCUGUUGCCUAUGGCAAGCUAGGCAGGAAAGAAAAACUCUGGGUACUGUCCGGCCAGACUCUGAGAGUUCGUUUUAAACAGCUGUGCCAGGCACUUCUUCUGCCCUGCGAGCCAGGAGGUAAGCUCCCGGCUCUCGAGCUUUCUUCCUUGCGCGCAGGAGGCGCAACUUGGUUGAUGAUGCAAGGCGAAGACAGCGAGCUCGUACGACGACGUGGACGAUGGCUAUCGCACCGGAUCAUGGAGAUCUACGUCCAAGAAGUAUCAUCGAUACAGCUCUUUAACUGUCUCCCCGAAGCUUCGAAGGACCGAGUUUUUGCUGCCCUGGCGGUCUUCCGCGACGUUCUCUCAAAGGUCAAUUUCUUUGGUACCGUUGGCAUUUUGCCAACCAUGUGGUACCGUCUUCUUGCAGCUGGGUCGAUCGCUGACGCAUAA